AUGGCGGCGGUGAUCUUCCUGAUGUCCAGCAUGGGCGCGGGGCUGCGCUUCACCCAGUGGCUCGACGACCAGGGGAGCGUGUCGGUGGCCUGCGGCGCGCUGCUCACUGCCCUGCUCUGCGUGCUCUACUCAUGGACUUCUUCUGGCCCCCGCACCUGCCGGGCCGCUACUGCACCUUCGGCCGCCGCGGCAGCGCCCUCGAGAGGGUGGCGGUGGCGGCCUGCGCGCUCCUGCUCUUCUCGAUGGCCCUCGGGGCGCGUGUUGGCCCAGCGCGCGUGCGCGUGGCCAUCGCCGUGCUCGACCGGCAGCUCGCAUCCUGCCGCGGCCCUUCUCCGCAGCCUGCGUGGUGCUGGAAGGCCUCGGUGGACGAGCACGCGCCAGCGCUAG